ACAAGGUUUUUUUUUAAGUUGGUGAAUUGAAUUUGCUCUUAGCCUCACAUCGGUUAUUGGAGGUAAUAGCAUUGCUUGCCCAUGUGCUCAGGCAAAUUUCAUAACCAACACUUUUAUAGCAAUUUAUAGCGGGAUGAGAGCAGUUUAUAGUUUGCUAAAUGAACUGAGCCACGAACGAACAAAGUGCGACAAAAUUCAUUUGCUCGUGUGUUCCUGAGGGCGCCAUUUUGUCAUUUCUGCAGCAAGAUUCUCCCGCACCAAAACGCAUCCUUAAAAUAGAUAUGUUCCUUCUGGGUGCUUUUUUCUGUUUGUUGCUAAAACGGCGGUAAUGUGCAGCUCUGCAGUCCUUCUAGGCUUAGUGGCGCUUUCUAUUGUGUUCACCCGCCGGCCAAGAAACUUCCUGUAAAUGCAUCAUUGUUUACCGGGGGUAGGUUUCAGUCAUACCCAGGAUUUCUUAAGGUCAACAUUUCUUCUGCCACACUGGGUUUGAACCGCACUUUAUUCCCCUUUAAUUUAACAGCUCCGGCAGCUUUUCCAGUUAAAUCGACUGUUCAUUAUUGAGUUUCUGUUUUACAGAGGGCUGUGAGGUGCAGUUUAAUGAAUUCCUCGCACAAAGCUCUCUUUCACUGCGGUGGAAGAAUAGAAGCUAUUUAGACCCUGUUGGGCUGUAUGUCAAAGCCAGGCCAUAAUAGCUGUCAGGCAGGGGCAGAAAUUCCCACUGGUGCGGGAAUGCGCCAGAAAUCAACUUUCGCCAUGAGCAGAUUAAGACGCAAGCAGGAAGUGGGAGAAGACGUUCGCAAAACAGUGGCACCUGUUUGGGCGCAGAGUUUUUCCCCAUAUAAAACAGUCCUUCCGCAUGAUUUGUGCAAAGCUCUGCCAUUGAUAUCUGCCGUGGGCUGUCGAGGAGGAGGAGGAGGAGGAGGAUGAGGAAGCUUACCACAACUCCUUCGGUUUUUUCGUGUAAACACGAAGAGGAAGCCUCACUCAAGAGGUGUUGGCAUCAUACGAGGGCGACUGCAGAAAUCAAAAACAGAUCCCCUUUAACUGCAAUGAACUUUGGACUAGAGUUUGAGGAACACGUUUAAGAAAGUGCUGAAGAUUUUUAUUUCUAGCAAAAAGUCUGGUAUCAUUAGUAACUGAAAUAAAUUCUAUGUGUAUUUCCAGGAACGAAAUGUGAUUCCUCAGUUAAUUUCACUUAUGUAAAUUAAAAACACCAGUCUGAAAUGAGAAUUAAGAUUUUGGUGCAAGGCAUUCCUAUCACCUUCGUCAAUAGAAUGUACCAGUUUUUUAAAAGUAGUUAAAAAAUGUAGUAAUAAAAAAAGUAGUUGCAUAGAUAUGGUAUGGUUUUUUUAAACAGAUGCAGUAUACAUUAGGGUGUCUAAAGAAAAACAUAUCUGAGCAUAAAACCAAUCUUAUUCAAAACUUAACAUUUGGACAAAUAACAUUUAGUUUUCAGUUGUUUGUUAUUUAUAAUUGAACAAGAGCUACAAGACUGAGCUGACGCUAAACCCAAUUAUUACUGUAUGUGCAAGAAAAUAUUUUUUUGCCAACACAAAAUAUAGUCGGUGUCCGAGUGAUAUUUGUAAAAUAUGUGUAAAUAAAUGAAACUCACAACUUAUUGUUUGAUCUUUAAUUGUAUGCAUUGCAUUUACAAUAUAAUUUUAGUUGGGGAAAUGUCAAUCUAACACAGGAGAAUAUCCUAAGGGUAUGCAGAUAUGCUAAUUAAAACAUUGCACAGAGGCACAAGCACUGUAGCAGAUAAAAGUUUUGGUCUGUGGCUAAAAGCCAUUGAGGGAGAGGUGGCCUUAGGGAUGCAGUGCUAUUUAACUCUUAAACCUCAGCUUGUAUUCAUGGGAUAAGUAUGUACUCAUUAAAUACACACCCUGGCCCUUAAUAAAAUCAUGGAAACCAUGAAACAUAACUGAGAAAAGAGUUCCUACAUGCAAAUAUUCAGAUCAAAAUAUUUGAUCAAAUCGUAUUUUAUAUUUCUAUGCAAAAGAAAUUUAAAAAUCUUAUUAAAGCAGUAAUAUGGAAGAAAUAUGAAAAAUAGUGUUGCGAUCUUUUGAUAUUCAGGGAAAAAUAUAAAACAACGAACAGAAGGAGUACUGCUUACAAGGGCUGUUGGUGAGAUGGCAAGAUCCCACAAUUUCAUGCCAAAGUUUGAGCUCGCUUGGACGUACAUUGCAGAGAAAAACAAGGCACGGGGAGUGAGUGUGUGUGUGUGUGUGUGUGGGGGGGGGGGGGGGGGGGUUCAGGGGAUUCUCCUAACGGGUAUUGUCCCCCCACACAGCAGGAUACUUCAGACAAAUCCUUCAUAGUUGCAGGUGGUCAAGCGUAAGCAAAGAGUUAAGUCUCGAGGUCUCUGGGCCCCUCCUCUUUGAUGUUCUGACAUCAUUGGCCCCGCCCCCCUCAGAGAUCUCUCCCCUUCCCCCAAACACUGUCACUCAGUUCAGUUUCGGAGAGUGCUGCGGGAACAGUGUUGGGACCGACCAAGGGUUUGCUACGCCACCCUGGAAUAGGACAAAAACAAGACCAAAAAAAAAAACAUGCUUUCUUGAGGCCCUUUCUCUCCCGUGUGGAUUGCGUUGUAGGUAAGAGAGCCGUGAAUAGCGACCGAAUUAGACAUGGCUGUGCAGGCUGCCUUCAUGAGCUCCCAGUUCAUGAACCUCUGUUUCCCCGGCUCCGUCAUGGACUACGGAACGGAGAAAAGUUUCGAGGGGCGCCUCCUGGGGGAGGAGGAGCGGGAGGGGGACUUCCGGGAGACCACCCGGGACCUCCUGAGCUUCAUCGACUCAGCGUCCAGCAACAUCAAGUUGGCCUUGGACAAGCCCGUCAAGUCCAAGCGGAAGGUCAACCACCGGAAGUACCUGCAGAAGCAGAUCAAGCGGUGCACAGGGAUCAUCGCGCCUGGCAACGGCGCCCAGGACACCGCCAAAAGGCAGGGGUCCCCAAACUCGCAGCAGCCCGCCUUCCCGGGGAAGACCGCUCCCAAACGGGACGGGGUCCAGGCCAACCUGCAGAGCAAGAGCCUGGCGGCCCUCUUCGACCCGGCCAAGGACGGCCGGGCUGAGAAGGCCAAGAAGCUGCCGCUGCGCCAUCGCAACCUGCCACCGUCCUUCUUCACCGAACCCGCCAACUGCGCCAAAGUCACCUCCACUUCCGGCAUGACCCUCAAGGACCUGGAGCGGGGCAACCCAGAGGCGGCAGAGUUCUUCGAGCUCCUGGGGCCCGACUACAGCAACAUGAUCGGCGACCAGGACGUUUUCGCGCACGGGGUGCCCCUGAGGGUCCAGCAGGAGCCGGCGGGCGGCGGGGUGGACCCCGGGGGCACCUACGACCCCCACCAUCUGGUCGGGGGGUUCCUGUACACUGAGCCCUGGGGCCCCUGCGCCGGUCCGGCCAAAAAAUCGGGGGUCUGCGGCCCGGGCGAGAACGCGCGGACUGUUCCGCCUGGGUCGACCGCUCUGUACUGCCACUCGGACUCCUCCGCCCCCUCGCCGCUCGAGGAGAGCGCCCUGGCCUUCCCAAACUUUUUCACGGAUUGCUCGCUUCCGCAGGUCGCGUACGAUUUCGCGGCCGGAUACAACAGGGCCGCUUUCCCGUCCCUCUGAGAGAUUCCAGUUUCCAUGUGGACUACAGCACUGUGUACUCUCAACACCGAGUACUGUAGUUGUUGUUUGUUUGAGUUUGUUUGUAUUUGGUUCAUAAUUCUGCGAGAGAUUUUGCCUGCCAUGUUUCACAUUGCACAUACAUUGUUCUCUGAUAAUUAUCGUAAACUGAAUCUUUUAUUUCACUUUAGCAAUAUCAAAUAUUAGUAUAAUGUGCUUAACACUUGAAGUUUGAAGCAAAAAAAAUUAUCUGAAAAGAGUCAAAACAUAUCAGGUUUCUUUGAUGUCUGCGAUCAUGAGUGAGGGAUUUUGGGUAGAAAAUGUCUGAAAGGCGUUUUCAAAGAUAUUUCUGCAACUUGAUUUUAGUGAUUGAUUUGACUUUAGUGUUGGGAAGGCAAAAUGAUUUAAAUUCAGGGGGGUAUUUUUUUUUUCCUCAGGGGUUUUCAGUGGUGACGGUGACAACAAAGUACAUUUCCUAUUUCCCUGCGACUGUGCCUUCUGUACACAGGGCUGACACAUCAUCUGGGUGUCAACACACUGGACUGGUGGUUAACCCUUUAAGGCGUAAGAUCACAAAUAUGUGAUUAGAAUGUUCUUAACUGAACAUUCUAGUGCUGGUGUAACAAUCACUACUGGUAUUUGAAAGCAAUUGAGUUCUGAAACACUGUCUGAAGAAAAAUUCCAAAAAGCUGUUCAGAGGGUUACAUUUUUGAUUUAUUUAUUUUUGGAUUAUCUUUGUACACCCACAUGCAAAUACCAUGGCUGUAGCAAAACAUUUCUUUGCGUUAUUAUUGUAGAAAUAAUUCUGGUCAAUUUGACCUGGAAGGAUUCUCAAAGGAUAUUCAGAGAUUUCAUUGUUUUAGUUUGAGUCAGCAUUAAACUUGUUAUAUUAUUAUUAAAUGCACAAGUCUUGCUGAGAAAAUAAGUGCGUAUUGCUUGACUUUGUUUUUAACAUAUUUGCAACAUUUACAAUUAUUAAUGCGAAUGACAUUACUGGAGAUUACAAAAAUACAACUUUGAAAAAUGGAAGAACGUAAAUAUGCUAAUGGGAAAUAUUUUUCAAAUGGACAAUAUGCAUAUUUAGAAAACCGAUAUUAUUUCAUUUAAAUUGUAAAAAGCAGAGUUGACAGUAUCGACCAUGAUUAACUUUAAAACUUCUCUAUGUGAAAUACAUCAUCGAUAUUAUUUGUUUUAUGUGUGGUGAUAGAACUUAAAAUUUGUGGCUCAAGAUCCACAUAGGCCAAUUAAUGAAUUGAAAGCUAUGUCAAAUUCUGGCUGCUCAUUUGUUUAGAAACAACACUUGACAGGGAUUGAUUUAUUUUCUUAGAAAUGGCAAUCUAACAUUUUAGAAAAUUGAUACAAAAUGUGGUAAUGAUUUAAUUUUAUUAUUGUUAUUUUUUACUUCAGAUAAUCCUUUGAGUAUGUCCAUGUAUGGUGUGUCGCACAAAUUCCAAAUUCCAAUAUUCAUCAGAAUAACAAAGACAGAUUUCAACUUUUUUACUUAAAAAAGUAAAUAAGUCAAAUUGCAUUAUCACUUUUCCCCCUCAAUAAAAUAAAAUAAAAUAAAAUAAAAUAAAUUUAGAUAAAAAUGUUUACAAUACAUUUGUGUUUAUUAAAUGUCUAGCCAUGGUAAUAAUUAAUGAUAUAUUAUUCCAAGAGCAACUCCUAAGACCUGUGCAUAUCAAUACCAUUAGCAUCAGCAUGUUAAAUAAAAAAUCAGUAUUUCUUUGCUCAUAGUGUUUUAUACCUGCAUGAUGAUCACACUCUUUCAGUACAGAAAGUAUAUGAAUGGACUGAAUAUCCAGUCCCACCAAUUCAGUGAUAAUGGAAACCAGGUUAAUAUUUCUCCCGAAAUGUGUUUAUGGAAAAUUUACCAUCGAGUGACUUUCGUUUUCAGAGUAACAAAGUAAUGCCAGUUAGGGUCAGGAAAACCAUUUUAGGUUUCUGUUCAGCACUUACAAUACCCUCUAACAUUUAAAACAAGGUGAAUUAACAGUCAAAAUCUAAAUAGUCUAUAUCUACAGUAGUAAAUUUUAGUUUGGCGGCAAACAAAUCUGACAGCUUACACUGUACAUAAUAUGUAUGUUUUUAACUCAUGAAUUGGUCUAAGCAAUACAAGAAAAUGUAUGUAUGCCCUUACUUAAAAAUAUGUCUAUGUAUAGUGCGCUGUAGUCCAAUUUGUGGAUGGUGUCACAGUAAAAUGAAUUUUAGGAAAACAUGCUCGAUGGUUCAAAUACAACAUAUACAGUACAAUUUUAAAAACGUGUAAAAUUCUGUAUAAUGACUGUGUGAGAAGACAAAAAUAAAGCUGGUCUUUAUUCCUGUCAAAAACUGACACUACUGUUGUUGUUGAACUGCAGUACAUUUAGAGGAAGAAAUGAAAAUUGUGGUGAACCUAUUUUUGACAAAUAGUAUUGUUUUAGUAUAUAUAGUAUUAGAAUAUAUUGUAUUAGAAACAACACAAAUUUAUUUGGCAGAAUUUGCCAAAAUUCUUAACAGUGCUAGACCAAAUAGGGAAUAUUAGCCUACCAAAUUAAAUUGUUUUCAAUGCUUGUUUAUUCUGACAACACCUUACAUGGCUAUAUUUAUUUCCAGUGAAGAGUAACUACUUCCAAUAUGAUCAUGUCUGAGACUUUGAAUCUUCAGUAUUUUGCUGUUUUGUGAAAUGGGAUAUUGAAUUUUCACAACACAUUCGCCAGGAUUUCAAUCCUUAAAACGCGGAAUUAAUUUAAGUACAGUGCCAUGUUGAAAAAAACGAAUUGUAAUUGUAAAUCUAGGCCGAUGUCGAUUUUUAGGCCUAAAAUGUUCAUGUCUUUUUGAACUUUGAAGUAUAAAAUUCAUUAGCGAAA